AUGCACUCGGGCUCAAUGUCUGUCCCAGGCCAUCCUGGGGUCUGCAAUGCUACAUCCUACAGAACUCGCUGUUACAUCCCAGGGACUCCUUCUGCUGCUCUUUGCUCCAGUGAUGUAAGCCCUACCUUUGGACACUGCUUACCCAGUAGCUACCAAGGAAAUCUCUGGCUCCUGGAUUACUGCCAAGAAUCCUACUGUGAAGCGCCAAGCUGCGAAUCUCCCAGCUGUGAACCCAAGACCUGCACCACAAGUUGUGACCCCUCAGCCUGCUGUGUGCCCUGCAACUCCCCAUCAGCGGGCCAAGUGUCCAGCAUCUGUGAAACGACCAGCAUCAGCCCCAGCACCAGAUGCAGCCCAUGCACCCUGACCAAGGGGUAUGUAUCCGAUUGCAGACCUGCUCCAUGUGCAUCCAAAGCCUGCCAGACCCUUGGCAACGGUUCCAGCUGCUUUGGGCAACUUAACUACUUACCCAGGAGUCUCCAAUCACUAAACUACUGCAGACUGGGCAGUUUGGGGUAUAGAAGCUACCAAAAUCUUGGCUUCCCACCAUCAUGUUAUAUUUCCAGCAGCUGCCAACCCCAAACCUAUUCAAUGAGAAAUUGCCAAUACUCGAGUUACAGGCCUUUGAGCUGCCGACCACUGAGCUAUUCAUCUAGAAGCUUCUGGUCUCUGAGCUGUAUACCCAGUACCUUCCCACCUCUGAGGUAUUUAUGCAGUGGUAACAGAUCUCUGAAUUGCUAUUAA